AGACUUUGUAAACAUAUCACCGAACUAAUUAGUAACAGAAACAUACAGUACCUCGUUCCAUUCAAAAUCUGAUCACAAAUAACAUGGCAGUCGAUCUCUAUAUGUAUUGUUCGUUCAUGGUUUAUAGUUUUAUCAGCUAAUCAAAUAGCAUAUGAAGUAUCAAAAUACACAGAAGUAGGAGCAGAAAGAGUAACGUGUAAGUCAUAUAAAACACAAUGAAGCCACAUUAUUUCAAAAGUAAGGUUGUCCAUGGAUCUAUACUCCGCUUCCGAAGAUAAUCUAGAAACAGUUUUCUGAUUCUUAAUUAGAUUGUUAAUCACUGUCACAAAAGGAUUGCAGAACAAAAUCAGUAUGUUUAGAGAGAAUAAUCAUUGGCCAGUUGUACCUUUGAUUUAUUGAAGUACCCGCUUAGAAUCCUACAUAUGAAUAUUUGUAGGACAAUGAGUGAAGUUAGGUCAAGUAUUGCACAAGUAUAUCAAUCAACCAAUUAAUCUUUUGUAGACAUUAGGAUCAGAAAGAAAUACUACAUCCUUGGUUGAUAAUUUGGAACCAGGGGUAGAGGGUGAAUCAGCAGGUUCGGCUCUAAGAAGACCAGAAUCUAAAAAUAAGUCUUAAGGUAAAGUUAUGUUGGUACAGUAAAAUGGCAUUGUUAUAUCAAGCUAUUUCAAGUCCUAGAAAAUAUUUGAGUUCACUUGAAUAUUUUAUGGUAAAAGCUUGAUCUAAUCUAGUUUUGGGAUCCUUAAUAGCAACAAUGUCAUUACCAGCAAUAAUAAUGUCGUCUACAUAUACACUACGAGCAAACAUGGAAUAAUCAGACUUAGACCGUUUGUAACCAACAGACGACAAGAAAGAUAACAGUUUAGAGUUCCAUUGCCAACUGGUUUGUUUCAAACCUUAAAGAGAUUUAUUAAGACGACAACCAUAUUUUUUAAACUCAACGAAACAACCAAACCUGCAGGUGCAACUUUCAUAUAAACUUCUUCAUUUAAAUCACCAUGUAAGAAAGUUGUAUUAACGUCUAACUUAUGUAAGUGCCAGUUAUUAAUAGCAUCUAAAGCAAGAACGUAACAAGGCUGACGGUAGUAUGCUUAACAACAGGCACAAAAUAUUCUACCUAAUCUAAGUCGGGUGUUUGAGUAUACCUUUGGCUCGUUAGUAGCCAAAGGUAUACUCAUGUUAUUGUAAUGCUAAUUAUGGUCCAUGUUUCGAUUAGUUAGUUGCGGUUGUUUAUGAUUUUGGAUGAUAUUAUUUUUGUAUCCUUAAAAAUAUGGUGUUAGAUAUUGUUUGUGUAACCCCAAGUACUAAUUAUACUAUACUAAUCUUAUUCGAGUUAAGCUAAUAGUUACUUAUUAUAAAUUGCAUACAUGAGUAAAUUUAAGAAUUUUCGGCUUAUUAUUCGGUGGAAUGGUCGAGUGACAAACUCCGACAUUGGGAUCGAUUAUGAAGAUGGUGAAUCCACUAUGAUGAAAAUUGAGUCGAGAUUCACGUGGUAAGAACUUCGUGACAUUUGUGCAUACAGGAUUUGUAUGAGUGGACAGACGAGAGUUGGUAAAAUUACUUACCGGUAUCCAAACAUGAGUGCAUGCGGAGUUAUGUACGAAGUAGUUGUUAUAAAUGAUGAUGACGCGGUUACCAUGAUGAUACAAUUCUUAUCUGACGGCUUGCAGAGGUGUAUGUCGAUACCGAGGCGGUAGGUGAAACUCAUUUUCACCAGUAUUCUUAUGAUGAUGGUUUUGCAGGGGGGGUACGGAUGGGGUGGUAGUUCAAGCCACAUGAACGAUACUUACCCCGCAUUUAGCGGUGGAUGCCCAUAUCCUUGGACUUCAGUUUAUGUCGUCAUGUCGAACCCAAACGCUCGAGAAUUAGCGAUCCCAACCUUCUUUGGGGUUUCCCUAGAGGCCAAUGAUGGCCUCUCUAGUGACCGGCAACCCGGUGAGGAUGACAACGUCUUUGAGGGUGAUCGUCAUUUCCCCCUUGGGGAAGUGGAAGGUAUGUGUUUCGGGAGGCCAUCACUCUGCCAUUGCUGUCAGCUAAUCAUUGUCGAUAUCAAUCCGCAUAAAGUGCCUCACCAUGUACAAUCUCGUCCUCUCUAGAUACAACGAAAGUCGAGCAUGCCAAACGGGCAAUCUUGUUGUCCCUCGAUGACCGACGGGAAGGAGUGAUUCCUACAAAAAAAAACGAAGUUGCUAGUCAAAGGAAAGUAAAAUAAAAACUUUUAAAAUACUGAAAUAAUUUACUAAUUUAUACGGUACGGAGUGUCUACCGGAAUGUUGUGCCAAAUUGCAGGGGAGCAAUGUGUUUCUUGCUUGGUUAAAUACCUCAUAUCCCUUGGGCCAGGAUGGAUAUACAAACGAGGGUCGUAUAUCUCGGUAUCCAUGUAUUAAAAAAUUUGAAUUAAAUCAGAUUAUUUCCUACCUACCCAUUUAAAAAAUAAAUCACGAAAGGAAAAGAAAGUAUGUACCGUCAAAGCCUCUUCGUCCAUUUUUUGGCGAAAGCUGGAGAGAGUAACGACGGGGUUUUAGGGCGGAGGGUUGUAAAAAAGCUCUAGUAAUUCUUUCUGAUGCGAAAGAUCGGACUUAGACGCAACCACAAAGCAAACUUAGAACGAAACUAGAGUGGAGGAAUGGAGGGAGAAAGAAGAAUUAUAUGGUGGUGUGGUUUGGAAUGAUGAGAGGGGAGUGGUGGUAUUUAUAGGAGGAGAACCUGGUGGAGAGAGAGACAGGGAAAUCCCCACAGCCGUCGAUGCCAGUCAAGGCCCAGCUGCGGUCGAUUACAGUCAAUUCCCCGUCUUCCUUUAUUGCGGUAAUUGGCGUGGAUCGCUGACGUGGGACACUAUGAGGCGUCAGAUCUGGGAGGAAAAUCAGAAUCCGCGACUCACUGCAUCCUACGGCUGCGGUGAAGGGGCGGGGGCGCCAGGGGCGGAGAUAGCAUGUAGUUAGCAUAGUUAGUAAAUACUCUGUUUAAUACACGUAUAUGUACCAAUACGUAUUUUAUCCGUUUAAAACUUCCGUAUCCGUAUUAUUGUCAAUUCGUUUCAUUUUUGUCAUUCAUUUGAUGGCACACCCUUGGAUUGGGACUAGAACAUCAAAAAAGAAGGGUAUUAGUUUAUGUUGUAGCUAGAAUUUGAACAUGUUACCCCUUUGUUAUGAGAUUUGGCAUCUUCCAUUAAAUCACAAUUACUUAGGUGAUAUUAUAAUAUAUUUUAUUGUAUGUAUUAUUAUUUUACCGUUUACAAAUAAUAAGUAAAUUAAAUUAAAUAAACUCAUAAUUUUAUCCUUAUUCAAGCAGUAAUUGGAACUUUAGUCCUAACAAACAAGACUUCUCCCACCCUUCAUCUUCCUUCGUUCUUGUUUCCCUUUGGCGGUCGACAACUUCUUCUUCUUGUGAAGUUAGCAUUGCUGCUACCAGUCGCCACUGCAAGUGUUGAAAGAGUAUUUUUGGAAAUGAAAUACGUGAAAAACACUCUUUGUAGUCGAAUGAGUGAUGAUAACACAAAUGUUUUUUUAGGAUACAUUGAGAGUGACAUUCUUGAUAGUCUAGAUGAUGAAUUUAUUGUACAGACUUUUCAAAUACGAGAACCCGUCGUGGGGCACUAUAAAAAAUUGAUAGUAAUUUU